UGGGUGGUAGAGUAGUACGACUUGGCAACUUGAGCUGGUUGGGUCUGGAGGUCAUGAGUGAGUGGUGAACAAGGAGAUUGAUCUAGUAGGACCCAGUACGCAGUAUCUCCUAUCUCGUUUUACUUCUUACUUGUGCUCUAUCUACACUAUAACGAUAAUUUGAAGCACAGGGGCAUGGCAGAAACAGAAACUUACCAGGGGGACCAGGGGAUGGUCCCCCGACAGCCAUCCCAUUCCGCAGCAGACUUAUGGUCCACUCUGAAGAAGGCGCUCUUCAUCCUUGGCUCCACCACAAUCAUCUUCGUGGCACUUCGGAACAGUCUCACCUACCACUUGCAGCACUUCUGGGGAGCAUCUGGCAACUUCUGGCAGCACCAGUGGGAUAAGAUUCUUUAUACCUUUGGGGAUGACUCUUUCAGCUUAAUGGUUUAUGGAUCAACAAUUGUAUCUUAUAUAGUAUACUGGACUGUUGGCACCAUCUACACGCUUAUGGAUGUGUUCAACCAACCGGCAUUUUUAAGACGUUACAAAAUUCAGCCUGGGACUAAUGAGCCCGUUGAACCCAAGAAACUUCUCAAGUGUGUCAUGUGGGUAAACUUCAAUCAAACCAUCGUGGGAGUUCCCUUCAGCAUAUUUUGUUACUACCUGAUUUGUUUCCGUGGGUUUGACCGGUCGUCUCAACUGCCUACUUUCCACUGGGUUCUUUUUGAGCUUAUCGUCUGCAUAUUGUUAGAAGAAAUUGGGUUCUACUAUUCCCACAGGCUUUUCCACCACCGCAUACUGUACAAGCACUUCCACAAGCUGCAUCAUGAGUGGCAGAGCCCCAUUGCCAUUACUGCCAUAUAUGCUCACCCACUGGAGCAUAUCAUCUCUAAUAUGGGCCCAGUGUUCCUAGGCCCUCUGGUGUUGGGUUCCCAUGUGGCAACUAUCUGGCUUUGGGUUAGUCUUGCCCUCCUCAGCACCUUGAAUGCUCACAGUGGCUACCAUCUGCCAUUCUUCCCAUCUCCUGAGGCUCAUGAUUUCCACCAUCUCAAAUUUAACCAGUGUUAUGGAGUAUUGGGCGUCCUAGACUUGCUUCACGGCACCGAUGAUAAGUUCCGAGCAUCAAAAUGCUUCUCCCGUCACCUGAUGAUGCUGUCCCUUGUGCCACUUCGUGAAGCUUACCCUGAUGGCAAACCUCAGGGCAAGGUCAUUAAAGGAAAGCAGUGCUAAAAUGUUGCCAAAGAUAUAUAUUAUAGGCUUGGAAAACCUCUGCACUUGCUCUUUUGGGAUACAGUAAUAUACUUGACAAAGUCAGGAGGGCUAAAGAUGGUUGCUAGUUUUCAUUUAUAUUUUUAUUAUAUUUUUUUAAUUUCAAAGCAGCUUACAGAAUAAAGCAUUUUACUCAAAACAAAGAUGUAGUUUUAAAUAAUAAGACAGCACUGAAGAAACAUUUUUUUUUUAAAUUCUGAUGAAGCAGAAGAUAUUCAUAAUGAUCAUAAUAGUACAGUAUCUGAUGAUGGUUAAUCCAAAAGGGAAAAACCACAAACACUGUUUUUUUUUCAAAGUAUAGUCAUCAUAUAAUUUGAUUAAAGAAUAUUAAGACCCUGCCUUGCCACUUAUCUCCACCCUGUGGGUUGGCAUUAGGAAGGGCAUCUAGCCAUAAAACUUUGCUUCAACCCUGAUGGUAACUGGGUCACCAGAGCUGUGCCCAUCCCUUGGUCCCUGCUGCAUAUUCUGGGUUGGUGCCCUUGGUUUGCAGUGGUGAGUAGGGGGAGGGGCAGUACCCAGUUCUUGUUUUACCUAACAGCUGCCCAUCAGGGAGUUGCAGCUAACCUGAAAAACAUUGACAGUGAAGAUAAUUUUGUUUAUGACAGUUUCUUGUGUUAUCUCAAAGAUUCUGUUCAGCAUUUUUGUUUUAAUUCUCUUAUUCAAAUCAAAGUUUUUAUGUUGGCAAUACAAGCCCUGCCCUCCUUUACAGCUCAUUAGCUGAUACAUAAAGUUCAAUUAAUAUUGAUAUAACUUUUAAGGAUAACCAGGUCUGGCUCAUUUUAAUUCUGAAUUUAAUGUCUGUAAAGAUAUAACUGCUUGAAAACAUUAGCUUUUAAGGUAUAAGUGGAAAAAUAAUUCAAGUGAAGAACAUUAACCGUCGAAGCCACGAACAAAUUCACACUUUCGGAGAAGGUACUGUAUCUUAGCCUAGUACUGUCAGCUAAAAUAAAAGUAAAAGACUAGA